AUGCCGAGAAUUCACAACGAUCCUAAUCUUGACAUCUGUCUGGACUACGACAAUUUAUCUUUUGCUAAUAUUCGAGCUCAAUUGGUCAACAACAACACCACCAAAGAGCAAGCCAUUCAACUUCUCAGGAACAUCUGGCAGGCAAACAAUGACACUGACAAGGCGCAAUGGCAGCAACAGCUUGAGGAAGACAGAGAGAGACGCAAUCACCUUCAGCGUUUAAACGACAAAGAACAAGAUAGACUUGAUCAAGAACGGGUAGAUGAGGAAGAAUCUGUACACAAAGAAGAAAGGAAGAAAAAUAAGCACAAGUACAUUCCCAUCUUAUCCACAGGGAUACCAAACGACCUGUCCAUCACACCCUGUUCCUACGCAAUCAGAAAGAUUGACAAAGGAGAAUACAUGGAGUUAUGGUACUUUACCAAUGAUGGACUAGAUGAAGCUCACGCGAAGAAGACCAUAGAUGACGAUGCCAUGAUCAUGUCAAAAAUGGCAGACAGUUCUACCGCGUGGGUGUCUUCGGCCUCGACUUGUAACACCUGUUCUGUCAUGGACGAUCAGAAUAUCUCGUUUGAAAACUCCUGCCAAGCAUGCCCUUGUUUCAUAACAGCCAUGGAAGAAGCUGACUGGCCAGAAGAUCGAGUCAGAAUGAUGGUGAUCUUUUGGAACAACACACAGAUUCACAAAUAUUGGUCUCUACGAGACCUGUUAGCACAGAAGACCUUGCUGGUCUAUCAAGCCGAGCAACGCAGGUGA